UUGAGAUCGUAUGAAUGCUCGACAUCAGCAUUUCCAGUUGGUGCGUUUCUUUUAAUUUCAUUAGAACUGUGGCAAAAGCAUACUUUAGAAAUACGUCAAGUGAGGGAUGCAGUCUCGGCUGUUUUCCAUACACUUUUGCUUCACAGGAGCAUGGGGAAGUUUAACUUCAAAUCGGAAAAUAAUUACCAAGUCGGGUCAAUUGGAGUCGAGGAAGUAGACUGUGAUUCUAUUGAUCUCACUUACGUUAGGGUCAACAGCAGCAAGUUGGUCUCAUAUGUACAAACUGAGGUAGAUACGUUUUGUUAUGAUCUUGAGAAGGCUGUCGAGUUACCGUCAACAUCUCGCAAUUUAACAUCUUUCCCAUCGUGCCCUUAUGGUGUUCCUCUAUGCAGCACUAAGAUUAGUUUGGAGUUCUUUCAAAGACGUAAACGGCAGUGGUUGAUGCCUGAGGAAGAAGUCCCGUGGGAAGUUUGGCAGCUUCAACUUGAUAUUGUUUCUAUUACUGAAAAUGAAUAUUUCACGCGGAUGAAAGAGAUUGUGGCUGAUAGUUUAUCUGAUAUUGUUUUGUCAACUUGUGGGGCUAUAAACAAACCUCAAUAUAUGCCGAAAAUACCGACGAGAAGUGAGCUGAUGAAAGUCUUUGAUGAUUCUUUUCCGGACUGCCAACCGUAUUUGUUUCGCAUUACUAAGCCGACUCUAGGUGAUAGAUCGGAUUCCGCAGGACUGCUUGGAAACCUAAAUUUUCGUUCCGUCAAAAGAUUGUUGAAGGACACUCUGUCAGUGUAG